AUGGCAUUCUGGGUCACCUGGCAGUUAUGGGAAAAGCUGAGUUUUAUUAUCGUGGUCAUAUACGGCUUCUGCGUUCUCACGUACAGGAGAUGGAGCAUACGCAGAUAUGCCGCGAUUGAGGCACGCCAGAAAGAAGAGGAAGCUGAGUUAUACCCCAUGCUCAAGAGAGAUGACAUCCCUUUUGGUGCUCGAGCCUUGGAGAGAGGCGUGCGAGUCUCUGGCAUCUGGAUCUCCAGUCUCGAUACUUCAAGCCCCAGUACUCAACCCAGUCUUCAACCCAGUCCUCAACCCAGUCCUCAACCUAGCCCUCAACCCAGUCGUCAAACCAGUCAUCAACCCAGUCCUCAACCUCCCGGGACGCCUGCCAGUAGAAGCCGAUCGCCCAGUCCAGUACUGAAUCCAGAACCGAGACAUGUUCCCAUUCGCGCCCGCCCCUUCACCUGCUCGCCCCCAGCGCUGCAUGAUGACCCAUUCCCCUCUCAUGUUGCUUUACCGCGUCAUCAUCGUCCUCCUGUCACCCAGUCCCGUCACGAUAUCACCGGGCCCAACAUUUACAGAUAUGAAUCUUACAGGCCCCGUGUGGUUUAUCCACCCGCAACGAUAGCAAGUGCCCCAGUUACCUAUAGCUCCUUCAAUCAUAGAAGUGAGCUCUUCGGGAGCCAUGAGAAGCGGGCUAGUUUCCACAAUAGAGUCUUGCGUGCCAGUCAGUUGUUUGAUUCCAGAAGGAGCAGACCAGGAACGAGCGAGCAAGAGGAGUUUGAUCUGGGAUCAUCCAGCCACGAGAAUAAUUCUCGUCCCCAAUUCGAGCAGCAAAGGGCUUCACGCAUUCAUAGAAUCCUUCGCAGACGGUCAUCCGAGGAGUUCAGACGCGAAAUGGAUGAGAGCCAACUGCCGGGUCCUGGUGCCCCAACCCCGCUCUCUGCGCUUGAGGGAGUCGCGGGAUUGAGCGGAAGAGAUAUCAAGUUGUUUGUCGACGCUGGGUACCACACCGUGGAGGCAGUGGCUUAUACACCGAAGCGAUUGCUGGAGCAGAUUAAGGGAAUUUCGGAGCAGAAGGCCACUAAGAUCUUAGUAGAAGCUGCAAAAAUGGUUCCCAUGGGAUUCACAACGGCAACCGAGAUGCACGCCCGACGAAGUGAGCUCAUAUCGAUUACAACAGGAUCCAAGAGGCUCGACACCCUGCUAGGUGGUGGUGUCGAGACCGGUUCAAUUACCGAGAUUUUUGGUGAAUUCCGAACAGGAAAAAGUCAGAUCUGUCAUACACUCGCGGUUACCUGUCAAUUACCCUUUGAUAUGGGUGGAGGCGAAGGAAAGUGUCUCUACAUCGACACGGAGGGAACCUUUCGACCUGUCCGGCUUCUUGCCGUGGCACAGAGAUUUGGCCUUGUGGGAGAGGAAGUCCUCGACAAUGUGGCAUAUGCCCGUGCCUACAACUCCGAUCAUCAGCUGCAGUUGCUCAAUCAGGCGUCUCAGAUGAUGUGCGAGACCCGGUUUUCGCUUCUCGUGGUUGACUCGGCGACCGCAUUGUACCGAACGGAUUUCAAUGGGCGUGGCGAAUUGUCAUCCAGACAGACACAUCUUGCUAAGUUCAUGCGCACAUUGCAGCGCUUGGCUGAUGAGUUCGGCAUUGCGGUGGUGAUCACGAACCAGGUUGUGGCGCAAGUUGACGGUGGCCCCAGUGCCAUGUUCAACCCCGAUCCCAAGAAACCUAUUGGAGGUAACAUUAUUGCUCAUGCCAGUACAACCCGACUCAGUUUGAAGAAGGGUCGCGGUGAGACUCGAGUGUGCAAGAUUUACGACAGCCCAUGUCUCCCAGAAAGUGAUUGUCUCUUUGCAAUCAACGAGGAUGGCAUUGGCGACCCUAACGAGAAGGACAUGGAGAAUGACUAG